UGCAGCAGGCUGGCAGCCUCUGGAUGAAUGUGAAGGACCAGCUUCUCUGUGAUUGUACUACACCGACUUUGAGGCAUGAUGAAUUCUAGAAGGACACGACGUAGAACAUCUGGCCGUAGGGUCAACUCUAACUUGAGCCUGUGUUGUUGCCUUCCAUUGUUUGAAUGUCGUCGACGAUCCAAAAAUCAGCGGUCGGCGGACACCCCGCUCUCCCAGCUCCUGAGAUAUCCGCCGGUGACGAGGUCAGCGGUCACUGAAUACGGGGCUCGGAGUCUCUUCCGAGGCGGCAGCGAGGACGCUCAGCAGGCGGGAUGUGUGCUGGUGCUGGAGACGGGCAGCUCCUGUUCGAGUGCUCCUGAAGAGGCGAUGCUACCAUUCGCUGCUCCGGAGGAUCCCUGGGACGACCAAGAAAUGGAGGUGUUUGGCAGCAGCGGUGGGGCGUGCGGUGGCGGCGAGCCACAGGAUAUGUUUGCCCCGAAGAUGGCUGAGGUUAUACAAGAACAUGAACAGGAAGAGGUGGAGGACAUGGGGGAUUAUCUCAGACUUUGUAAGACAACGGAGGUUGUACAAGAACAUGAACCUGAAGAGGUAAAUGAUCUUAAAAUGGUUGAUGAGCCAAUGGAACAGGGAGAACCAGAAUCUAGCCUGGAUGAAGAUGUUAAAGAAAUCCCUAUUACACAUCAUGUGAAAGAAGGAUAUGAGAAAGCAGAUCCUGCACAGUUUGACCUGCUCAAGGUUCUUGGUCAGGGGUCUUUUGGAAAGGUUUUUCUUGUUAGAAAGAAGACCGGUCCUGAUGCUGGGCAGCUCUAUGCAAUGAAGGUGUUAAGAAAAGCUUGCUUAAAAGUUCGAGACCGUGUUCGCACAAAGAUGGAGAGGGAUAUUCUGGUGGAAGUAAAUCAUCCAUUUAUCGUCAAACUACACUAUGCCUUUCAGACUGAGGGAAAGCUGUAUUUAAUCUUGGAUUUCCUCAGAGGAGGAGAUGUCUUCACAAGAUUAUCCAAAGAGGUUCUUUUUACAGAGGAAGAUGUAAAAUUCUACCUUGCCGAAUUGGCCCUGGCUUUGGAUCAUCUGCAUCAAUUAGGAAUUGUGUAUAGAGACCUGAAACCAGAGAACAUCUUGCUUGAUGAAAUAGGACAUAUCAAGUUAACAGAUUUUGGGCUUAGCAAAGAGUCAGUGGAUCAAGAAAAGAAGGCAUACUCAUUUUGUGGCACUAUCGAAUAUAUGGCUCCUGAAGUAGUAAACAGACGAGGCCAUUCUCAGAGUGCUGAUUGGUGGUCAUAUGGUGUACUUAUGUUUGAAAUGCUUACUGGCACUUUGCCGUUUCAAGGUAAAGAUAGAAAUGAGACCAUGAAUAUGAUACUGAAAGCAAAACUUGGAAUGCCUCAAUUUCUUAGUGCUGAAGCACAAAGUCUUUUGAGGAUGUUAUUCAAAAGGAAUCCAGCAAAUAGAUUGGGAUCAGAAGGAGUUGAAGAAGUCAAAAGACAUGCUUUUUUUGCAUCUAUUGACUGGAAUAAACUAUAUAAAAGAGAAGUUCAGCCUCCUUUCCGACCUGCUUCUGGAAAACCAGAUGAUACUUUUUGUUUUGAUCCUGAAUUUACUGCCAAAACACCUAAAGAUUCUCCUGGUUUGCCAGCCAGUGCAAAUGCUCAUCAGCUCUUCAAAGGAUUCAGCUUUGUUGCAACUUCUAUUGCAGAAGAAUAUAAAAUCACUCCUGUUACAAGUGCAAAUGUAUUACCAGUCGUCCAGAUGAAUGGAAAUGCUGCUCAAUUUAGUGAAGUCUAUGAAUUGAAAGAGGAUAUUGGUGUUGGUUCUUACUCUGUUUGCAAGCGAUGCAUACAUUCAGGUUCCAACAUGGAAUUUGCAGUAAAGAUCAUUGAUAAAAAUAAACGAGAUCCUUCUGAAGAAAUUGACAUUCUUAUGCGUUAUGGACAACAUCCCAACAUUAUCACUUUAAAGGAUGUCUUUGAUGAUGGGAGAUAUGUUUACCUUGUUACGGAUUUGAUGAAAGGAGGAGAACUACUGGAUCGUAUUCUCAAAAAAAAGUGUUUCUCAGAACAGGAAGCUAGUGAUGUGCUGUAUGUAAUAACAAAGACAGUUGAAUAUCUUCAUUGUCAAGGAGUUGUUCAUCGUGAUCUUAAGCCCAGUAAUAUUUUGUACAUGGAUGAAUCAGCCAAUGCAGAUUCAAUUAAGAUCUGUGAUUUUGGGUUUGCAAAACAGCUUCGAGGAGAAAAUGGACUUCUGUUAACUCCGUGCUACACUGCAAACUUUGUAGCACCUGAGGUUCUCACUCAACAGGGAUAUGAUGCUGCUUGUGAUAUUUGGAGUUUAGGAGUCCUAUUUUACACUAUGUUGGCUGGCUACACUCCAUUUUCCAAUGGACCCAAUGAUACUCCUGAAGAAAUACUCCUGCGUAUAGGCAAUGGGAAGUUCUCUUUGAGUGGUGGAAACUGGGACAAUAUUUCAGAUGGAGCUAAGGAUUUGCUUUCUCAUAUGCUUCAUAUGGACCCACGUCAGCGUUAUACUGCUGAACAAGUAUUAAAACACUCUUGGAUAACCCAGAGAGAACAUUUGCCGAGGGAUCAGCCAAAGACAAAUGAUGCAUCACAUGUUGUUACGGAAGCAAUGGUUGCAACAUAUUCUGCCUUGACUCCCAAGUCUUUCCAACCAAUUCUAGAGCCUGUUGCUGCUUCAAGUUUAGCUCAGAGACGGAGCAUGAAAAAGCGAACAUCCACUGGCUUAUUGGUGCCUAGCCCAACUGUCACCAGAGAGGCUUCAUCCAGCAACUGAUGGAGACAGAU